GCUGAGAGUGAAAUAGCCGUGGCGUGUGUUUGGUGCUCGAGAUUCAGUCGCGCGGCACCGCGUCUGCUCAUGAAACCCAAGACGACAAACAAGAAGAGUCACUUGGAUUACUGUCAGCGGCUUCGAAAUUGAACACGUAUUUUUCUAAGAACACUUGCUGAUGUUUUUUUCUGUUAGGACACAGUCAAAAACAUUGCAUUUGUUCAGCUUCAAAAGCAGCAGUAUUCUCAGAAGGGGCCGCACCUUCAGCUGAACAUCAUGCAGCAAUCAUGCAGGCGUGAGGAGACACCAAGAACCCUGUUCGUGAAGCUGAUCUGAAGAUCUACAUGAUCUUCUGGAAGUGAAGUUCCACGAAAGCUGCAGAGGAGAUCAAGAAAGACUGGAAGACAAGCGAAGAAGUGAAGGAAGGAGGUCUUUGUUGGAUUGGCUGAAGGGGGAAACCGAAGGGCUGGAUGCUAGCCUUUAUUCAUUCUAGAAGUUCCCAGGUUCCUCAGAGAUGGCCACCAACUUCAAUGACAUUGUCAAGCAGGGCUAUGUCCGCAUGCGGAGCAGGAAACUGGGGAUCUAUCGGCGCUGCUGGCUUGUGUUUAAGAAGUCAUCCAGUAAAGGACCACGCCGUUUGGAGAAAUACACUGAUGAGAAGUCUGCCUACAUCAGAGCUUGUCCUAAGGUGACAGAAAUAAGUAAUGUGAAGAAUGUGACAAGAUUGCCUCGUGACACCAAGCGGCAAGCCGUGGCCAUCGUCUUUACAGAUGACACUUCUCGAACCUUCACCUGUGAAUCAGAGCUGGAGGCUGAAGAGUGGUUUAAGACCUUGUCCAUUGAGUGCCUGGGGAUGCGUCUGAAUGACAUCAGUCUUGGAGAACCAGACCUUCUGGCCGCUGGAGUUCAGUGUGAACACACUGAGCGCUUCAACGUGUUCCUGCUGCCCUGUCCUAAUCUUGACAUCUAUGGCGAGUGUAUGAUGCAGAUCACACAUGAAAACAUCUACCUGUGGGACAUUCACAACCCUCGCACCAAGCUAGUAACCUGGCCACUUUGCUCACUGCGACGCUACGGACGGGAUGCUACACGUUUCACCUUUGAGGCUGGCAGGAUGUGUGACAGUGGGGAGGGCUUAUAUACUUUCCAGACACGGGAAGGAGAGCAGAUCUACCAAAGGGUUCACUCUUCUACACUAGCUAUAGCUGAGCAGCAUAAGAGAGUCCUCAUGGAAAUGGAAAAAAACAGCAAGCUCUUAUCCAAGGGUUCAGAGGUGAUGUCCUACCCCUGCACCCCCACAGCAAUCUUACCACGAAGUGCUUUCUGGCACCACAUCACUGGAACACAGUCUGGGGUGGACUCUGCCAAUGGUGACAUAUAUGGUGAUAGUCAGUUGGGAGCAGACACUGACCUCUUCUCUAAACGCCUUCCUCCUGAACGACACUCAACUCUUCCUGCGACCCAUGCCUGUUCCCAGCCCCCAACACAUUACCCCACUUACCCCACCGAGUGAGCAACUUAGCAGAGAAACUCUCCAGUUUUUUACCUCUAGAACUCCUUCCACACUGCCUUCUGCCCUAAGUUUUUCCAUCAGCUCUUCUUUACCAAGGGCCAGGGUCCAGAUCCAUGCUGCCUGAGCCUGCCAGUGACACUGAGGGCACUUACUGUGGAAAGAGGAAAUGCACUGUGAAGGCUGCAGUGCUUAGAUUGGAGCAGGGCCCACAGACCCUCAAAGCAGGCAUGAGAGAUAAGUAAAAAUGCUAAUUUGUUUGUUAGAACUUACUCAGUUGCCUUCCAAGUGCAAUAUGGACACUCUUGCUGAGUUUUUAUGGGAGUAGAUUGUAGGUUCUUAAUGCUUAUCAGUAGUAUCUCAAAUUCUAACUCUAAAUGCACGCUUUUCGACCCUAUGCAUGUCCCCUGAGGUUAGCAGCUUAGCGAUGGAGGAAUUUCCUAGACACCUAUGUAAAGAAGACCCAUGGGUGUGGUCUGCAUGCAAGAGAUUCUUAGAAACCAUGCAGAUCCAGUAGAGAGGCCUCCAACUCAAUCGAUUUCCAACUCUUUCAGCUUGAACGCUUCUGCUGUUCAAUAUGAACAUUCCAGAAGCUUAUAUUGAUUAAAAGCUUUCAUCAUAACUUGAUUGGUAUGUCUGUAAGACUUUCCCAAGCUCAGAAGACUCAAGAGUACUUUUGUGAUUUCUAAAAUUGGCAUUUCGUACAUGUGUCUAAUUUUUCCUCCAUUUCCCUUUAUUUAAAAUGGCUUAAUUGGACAGUUAUAAUGCACAAAACUGUCUCUCCAGGCUAAGUCUCCGUUAUUUAUGAAGAUAGCCAUUUGGACGAAUGUGAAAGUUAAACUCUUUCACUUCUAGAUUCAUCCAUGUGAUCUAUGUUGUUGUUGUUAACCUUUUCACAGAGACCGACCAACCAUUUUUUCUGGAAGAUAUCAUAAGGGUCAGGCAUGCACAGCGUUAACGCAGAGGGAAACAAAAUAUAUGAAAAUACCCAGUUGAGGUGCAAGGUGACAUCUCUGUUUUAUGAACUAUUUAUUUAUUUAUUGAGGUUUACCAACAAAGCACAAGACAAGUUGCAGUGUAUAAUGGUAGAUUUUCUUUUAGCAGCUCAGCAAUUCUGCAUUCUGUAAAGGAUACAAAUUGGCACUGUAAAUGUGGAGAGGAAUAUGUUCAAUAAGAUGGGAGGCCUCACACAAGUAAUGUCUUUUGCUUUCUUGCUUACUUCCAAAGGCAGUAAUUUCCAUUAAAUAUUGUGUAUCACCAAGGAUUACUAUUGUGAUUUUUAUUUAGCAGAUAUCUGUAUUAUCUGGCUGUACUAUUUUCAAGAUUCUCAGCUUCACUGUUUUGUCACACUGUAGUUAUCAAAUCAAAACACCCCAGUAUGCUGGAGCCACGGCUUACCAAUUAGACCACCUGCUCCAACACAAUGAAUCAGGUUGCUCAUUCGGGCAGUGCGGGUCUGAGUCUGACUCACAUUAUGUUCUUUAUGUUCUCUGUCAUUUUCUGUUCUUUCUUCACAAUCCGUAUCAAUAAAUAUAUCAAUAAUGCAGAAAAUAUACAAGACACUGCAGUAUGCAGCUCAAAACAGCCUGUGAAUGACUCGGUUGAACUACUUUUCUGGUACAGAAUUCACUUGGUUGUGUUGUCAGAUUGUGCUACAGUCCUGGAAGUGUGAUGGCUCCCUACUGCUUUAAAUAUUCACACGCCCAGAGGAGGAACAUUAUUUUGCAGAUUCUAGAUAUAUCAUUCAGCACUGAAAUGUACUAACUCAUAUACACCGAUCAGCCACAACAUUAAAACCACCUGCCUAAUAUUGUGUAUGUCCCCCUCGUGCCGCCAAAACAGCACCAACCCACAUCUCAGAAUAGCACUCCGAGAUGAUAUUCUUCUCACCACAAUUGUACAGAGAGUUUAUCUGAGUUAUUGUACACUUUGUCAGUUUGAACUUGUCUGGCCAUUCUCCGUUGACCUCUCUCAUCAACCAGGUGUUUCAAUCCACAGAACUGGAUGUUUUUUGCCUAAUAUUGUAUAGGGGGACCUAUACAAUAUUAGGCAAGUGAUUUUAAUGUUAUGGCUAUAUAUACAACAUAUGGUAUAUACAACAAAGAAGGGCUACGUGGAAGGAAAGUAGUGAUGAUUAUUAUUUUUACUGUCAUUUGAUUGUAUUGCAUUUAUGUCAGCAUUUGAGCUUAUACUUAAUAAGCUAUUCAUUUUAUUUUGUACGACAAAGUGUGAAGCACAGGGAAUUUUUCAUGAUUUUACAUUUAGAAAAUAGAAAGGCCUUUUUCCCUAGUGUACUUGCACAGAGCCGACAUAAAUUCUUUGUUAAAAGUUUCCAGCAAUUAAAGCAUGUGACAGAAAUAUAGAAGUUGUAUAAAAGUUAUUGUCAGUAUGUACAAUUCAAGAUUGAUGCUACCUUGUAUUGGUUGCAAUUGCACCUCCUAUUUUUUCUUUUGUUUCAUUUCUAUUUUUUCUUUUGUUUUCAUUCAUACCCAGAAUAGUUAUCAGUCGCUCUAUAAUGUAGCAAAUAUCUUCCACUGUAAUGAUAAUUGAGAUGAUUGUUGUGAUGUAGCUCAUGCAGAGAAGCUUUUAAAAGGUCUCUGUUUUGCAGUCUGCAUAAUAAUUUUGAUCUCACCAACUAUUUCACUGCUAUCCAUAAAGACAAUGAUUAAAUGUAUAUAGUCCUAUACACAGGUUUAUAAACACCAAUAGUACAUUUUUCAGAUGAUUUCUAAGAUGUUUUCCCUUAUGUUUAUUUUUUUCUUUACAGAAGCCAUAAUUACAGCUCAUCAGGUUAAUAUAAUCACCUCAAAAUGGAUUAUAUAUUUGUAUAUAAGCAGCCAGCAGGUCCCUGGAGAGUUUCUGGUUUAAAAAGUUCACUGGCAUAGGUUAUUCAAACAGAAAUUCCUGUUGCACAAUACGUGUCUAUUUUCAUGUCUGUUUCUUUGCAAUACAGCAGCACUACUAGGAAGGGAAAUGCUGACAUACUGUGUGUACUAUUACCUUUUUAAAGAAGUUAUGCCAUGAGGACUUGACUAAUAAAGACUGUGAAGGCAGAAUAUUCAUAAAAUGAUGAGUAGAAAAGUGUUGAAAUCUGCAUUAAUUGCAUUUGUCAGAGAUAACCUGUAAAGGAGGAGAGUGAUCAAUUUGAUGCGUUGGAGGCUCUGUCAGUUCUUCAGCAGUUCAGAAUCACCUCUGAGCAUGCUAUCAUGAAUAGGAACCCUUUGCAUGAGUUUUAAUUGAUAAAUGAUUAGUUCUGUAAUAUUUGUGGUAAAGCAUUUUACAAUUUCUUUUUUUUUUUAAUAAAG